CAUGUACAUACUACUAGUGUUUCUAGCUUUGACUUCGGUCAGAGCUCACGAUAUAAACAUCGGAUCCAGUCCAGGAGGGAAGAAAGUCUUCGAUGAGCAUUUUCAAGCGAGUCCUGCCGUUUGGAGACAAGCGCAAAACGUUACUAUCAAUACAACCGAUGAUGAAAUUAUUAGCUACAUAAAAGUUACAGACUUAAGGGAAGAAAAGGACGGAGACGCGAAAAUAGUAGACGGAGGACAGGGACAGAAAAAAGUGACUAUAGAAUUAAAGAGCCCUACUGUUCUUCGGGGAUAUGAUUUCCAUGUGGAAGUGUAUGCUGUAGAGAACAAAGAAUUUCAGACAAACCCACUGAAUAAGAAUGGACCAGUACAUGCUGAUGAGUUUAAAACGAAUACUGGCGAUUUAAAGUCUCCUAAUACUGGAAGCAAAGUUACAACAGCGAAUUUAGACAUGACAACAAAAUUGCCUGCAGCGCCAAAACCUCAAAGUUUACCAUCAAUUACUGAAGUUAAUGCACAAGGCAACACUAGAGCGACUCGUGACGCAGGAAUCAAGAAACAAGAAGAAAAUAAACCUAAAAUAGAUGCGCCAUCCGUGAUUGGACUUCAGAGUAAAGAUACAACUACCGUAAAAUUAGGUAAGAAUAGUAACAUACCGGUUACUGUCAGUACUAGGUUAUUUACUCAAGAUUUUGAAGAUGAAGAAAACACGACUAAGUCUGUUUUGAAAACACCAAGUAACAAUAGAACAACUCGUGACGCAGAAGUAAAGAAGCAAGAAGAAAACAAACCUAAAAUAAAUGCACCUUCCGUGAUCGGACAUCCAACCAAAGAUGCAACAACCGCGAAAUUAGAUAAGUAUAGCAACACACCGGUUACUGUUAGUAGCAGCCUAUUUACUGAAGAUUCGGAAGAGGACGAUAAGACAAGGAAAACUCUUUUAAAAACAGACACUCAUAAUGACGAAACUAGACAUGUUCGAGAUACCCAAGAUAUUGGUACAACACCCAAGGAUCUACCAAAAAGUGGAAGCUUUGAUAGUAAAACAAUUACCACAACUUUCAAAACACCAAGUUCCAACUACGCUAAUAAGAAUAGUCCGACUAUUGGUCAACCUGCUUUAAUAACUAACGAUAGAGAUGCAAGAGCGACACCUAAAGAGGAUGAAAAAUCAAAUCCUACUUUGGUACCAAGCCAACAUAACCCAACUGUCUACACUCCAAAUUUUGAAGGAAAUUUCCCAACCCUUCUUAAAGACGCUGAAACUAAUAAAAAAGAUGAAUCCUCAAAUAAUAAGAAUACUAACGAUCAAAAGAGAAAUGCGCGAGAAACACAUGACGAAACCAAAGGAAUAGAAACUCCAAAAAUGCUAGCUAAUGAUUUUAAAAACGCUGCAAAUGUGACAAAAGAUGAGGAAAGGAAGCCUCGUGGUGUUGAAGAACGACCUAAAAUUACUCCUAAUUUUGAGGAUGACAAAGGAGUUUCAACUACUUCUAAAUCUUUUGAUACUAAAACAGCUGAAAAUGAUUCAGAAAAGGAUAAUGAUAAACAACACGCUCUUAAUCCUUCAGUUUUAACUAAAGGCCAGAAUUUCCCUGUUCCGUACCCCUAUGAAACUACACCUAAAUUGACGACUACCACCAAAUCACCACAUAAAAGAGAUACGGAAACUUCAGAGCAAACAAAAUCUGAUAAAACAAGUUUUAACCCUAAAUCAAUUAGUGGUAAGACAACACAAAAUGGUCAGAAGUCACCAGUAGUGUCUUUGCAAUAAG